UUAGCACCGUUGCCUUCCCACUCCUCAUUUAGCAGCUGCCAGCUCCGCGCCUCGCACCUGCUCAGCCACCGGAAGGUCCGUCCCGCCCUCGCCGGCUCUGCCCUCACUCCCCGUCGCUUGACCCGAGUCGUCCAAGAUGGAAAGGCCCGAACCAGCGCCUGUGGCUCUCUGGCUGCUCCUCCUGCUUCUUCCCGUGGCCGGGCGGGUGAUAACGGCCGUCCCGGAGCCGUCGCUCCCCGGAGCCCCGGAGGGUGGUAUCAGAAUUAAUGUAACAACACUGAAAGAUGAUGGGGAAGUAUCUAAAGAACAGGUUGUUCUUAAUAUAACCUAUGAAAGUGGACAGGUAUCUGUAAAUGACUUACCUGUAAAUAGUGGUGUAACCCGAAUAAGCUGUCAGACUUUAAUAGUGAAGAAUGAUGAUCUGGGAAAUUUGGAGGAAAAGGAAUAUUUUGGAAUUGUCAAUGUAAGAAUUUUAGUUCAUGAGUUGCCAAUGACAUCAGGUUCCAGUUUGCAACUAAUUGUCAUUCAAGAAGUGGUAGUAGAGAUUGAUGGAAGACAAGUUCAACAAAAGGAUGUUAUUGAAAUUGAUAUUUUAGUUAAGGACCAGGGAAUACUCACACGUUCAAACUACACCCUUCCUUUGGAAGAAAGCAUGCUGUACUCUAUUUCUCCAAAUAAUGACAUUUUAUUUACCCUUCCCAACCUCUUCAAAAAAGUAGAAAGUGUGAAUUCACUGGAGACCACCAGCCAGCACCAUAUCAGGAAUGUGGAAACCACUGUAGAUGAACAUGCUUCACCUGGCAAAUUACCUGAAACUCCUCACACAGCAGAACCUACAUCCUCACAUAAGGAGUGUGCGUUAGAUGAAAAGUUCAGAAAAGGUCUGCAUGGACUGUGGAAGAGUCUUUACCAUGUGAUCUUCAUAUUUAUAAAUGUCAUGUCCAUUGGAAUUAUAGCAUCAUCCGUGCUCUUAGUCGUCUUAAAGUUGUUUGUUCUAGAUUCUGAAUCCAAAGAUAUUCUUCAGGUGGAUAAAACACCUCCAACACCUAUCAAUUUAGAUCCAGAAAACCUUGAAGACAGCAGAAAACCUUGAAGAAAAACAUAUUUAAAAAGUAAAGGGCCCAG